UUCAAUCUGUAGAUUGUGUGGAAACCUAAUUAACAAUGUGUUUUUUGUGAAUUCUGCUCAGUUUGAAAUUAGAAUUUUAAUCUUGAUAGACCAGAUAAAAACACAAAAUGGAAGCAAAAUCUUUAACCUUAUUGGUUAUGUUCCUUGCAAUAACCCGGUGUUCUUUACGCAGAAACAUAAAGGAAAAAAUGACUGCUGCCCUUAAUUCAGAUGUUCGGAAUCAUGGAUCUGAAAGAGAAGGACACAGUUUGGAAGUAAUGAAUUUAGAACUCGAAUCAGAAAAUCCUUCUUUAAAUUGUUCACUCCCUGAAGAAGAAAGGAAAACAUUUCUGUGGAGGAUUGGGACCUCUCCCCCUUCCUAUUUCUUUGGUACAAUCCAUGUACCGUACACGAGGGUCUGGAAAUAUCUUUCUAAAAAUACACUGGAAGCAUUUACGAAAUCCGGGAAGGUAUAUUUUGAGCUGGAUUUAACCAAUCCCUACACAAUCAGUGCUCUUACUUCAUGCCAACUCCUUCCAAAGGGACUUAAUCUUUCCCAGGUGUUGCCUCCUGGAGUGUACAGUAGGCUGGAGUCCCAUCUAUCCUGGGUCCGCGGACAGAUGAAGAACUGGGUUACAGAGGACCAAGAGGGUCGGGGACUGUACUCAGAUUAUCUAUUCAAUACUAUAACAGGUAAUUGGGAACGUAAACGUCCUAUCUGGGCAAUGUUGAUGGUGAACGGCUUAACGCCAAGUGAGAUAGCAUCACGUGGAUUCCCCGUCCUUGACCUGUACCUUGCCCAGCUAGCUGACCAACUCAAGAAAUUGAAAGGAGCUGUAGAAAGAGUUGAAGAACAAUGUGUUCCACUUAACGGACUAACAUACGGACAGGUUAUUUUCUCUUUGAAUAAAACCCUUCAACAUCAUGAAGAUAUAAGAAGUGGUAGAUCAAUGCCCCAGUAUACUACAGAUGAUCUGAUAAACAGCUAUAGAUGUGGCAAUAUGGACUCAGUCUUCAAUUCUGCGCAGGUUCCUGUGUUAAGCUCUAGUACUCAGCUAUCAAGAGAAGAAGAAAAUAUUUCUGAAGAAAUUAACAAAUAUUUCAAAGAACAUUUACUGUACAGGCGAAACCGUAGAAUGGGAUCUAGGGUUGUAGAAUUAUUGCUGAACAACCCUGGAGACUCGUUUUUCUUUGUGUUCGGGGCCGGACAUUUUGUCGGAAACCACUCAGUGCUGGAUGUGGUUAGAAAUGCAGGAUUUACUGUAGAAGAAGUAAAAGCAGAAGAUGAUCUAAGUAAAUGGAGAUCUCAUGGAAUCAAAGAAGAUGUUCCUAAGCCUCGGAACGGAGUGGUGGUUGGAACCUUCGAGGAUUUAUCUCAAGAGGAGAAAACACGAGCCUUUCUUCAGCUUCUUGAAUACAAACUAAAAGUAGAAAAGGAGAGCGAGGAUAAUGAUAAGAAGGAUGAUCGAUUUCACGAACUCUGGCAAAAGCUUCCAACCCCGCAGGUCAACACUAACAGUGAUACAGAGGAUGUUAAAGCAGUCCGAGAAUCCAUAAAGGUUUGGUAUGGAUUAUCUGGAUCGUCUUCCACCUUCCCUUCUCUUCAUCUUCUAACUUUUUUUCUUCUUCUUCUCCCUCUUACAAGAUGAUAAUUCACGGAUUUCAAAUCUCAAGGAUUAUUAUGGAUUAUUUUCUUUAGUAGUAAUUAUUAUUUUUGAGUAUGAUUGUUUACCAAAAACAUCAAAAGUAAUGCUUUUUUCAAAAAAUCUUCUGUUGAAUUUUCAUUUUUAAUGAUAAUGUUUAAUUUC